ACCCAACUCUUCAAAGCAAACCAAUCUUGAACUAGCAGAUCACUAAUUAAUUAGGACAAAGUUUUAUGGAGGGAUCAUCAAACAGGAGGAGCAACAGCCAAUCACAAGAUGACAAACAAGCUCGUUUCCGGGGCGUACGUAGGAGGCCGUGGGGCAAAUUUGCAGCAGAGAUUCGAGACCCGUCAAGAAAUGGUGCUCGUCUUUGGCUCGGGACAUAUGAAACCGCUGAGGAUGCGGCACGUGCGUAUGACCGAGCCGCCUUUAACCUCAGAGGUCAUCUCGCUAUACUGAACUUCCCUAACGAGUAUUAUUCGCGUAUGGACGACUAUUCGCUGCGCCCUCCUUAUUCUUCUUCAUCAUCUUCGAGUUCAACUUCUGCGGGUGUGAGUCGACAAAGUCAGAGGGAAGUCUUCGAGUUUGAGUAUUUGGACGAUAGGGUUCUUGAAGAACUUCUUGAUUCAGAUGAAAGGAAGAAGCGGUAGUUUUGUUUUGUUAUUUUUAUGUGGCUAGUAGCUACGUGCAUUAUGUGCAUGUAGAUUGCUUAUUUAGUUCUUAUUUUGGAAUUUUUAUAACGUGUACGGCUAUAAAUUGUAAGAUAAGGUGUCUUUGCGUUUCCAUGCAAUAUGACUGUUGGAUGGUUUAAGUACGUAUACACCAGCUUCCAUUAGGUUUUCUUUAGAAGGAAAUUGUUCUCUAAUGACAUAUUAA